GUGGGCAGUGUGGGAGAGUGAGCAGAGAGGGAGAGAGGCAGCUCGCCUACGACUGGGAGAGGCGUGGAGAGGAGAGUCGCGCGUGGAGGACACUCGGGAAGGAGGAGCCGGGCUCCGCUCCUGUAGGGACCUGGGGCUGGCGCUAGGCGCCCGUGCAGCUGACAGACCCCUGAUGCGCGGAGCAUGAGCCGGAACCUCGUUGGAGCGCGGCCGAGGGAGACGGCCUCGGCUCAGCCCUGAGACGCUGGACUGGGGUUGGGACCCCACACGCCCGAGGCACUGGGCCCGGCCGUGGCGCUGGCGCUGGCGGCGGCUGCCCGGGCGCAGCGCUAUGGGGAGUCCCCGCGCCGCGCUGCUCCUCCUGCUCCUGCGCCCGGUCAAGCUGCUGCGGCGGCGCUUCCGGCUGCUGUUGGUUCUCUCCGUGGUGUCUGUGGGGCUCUGGACUCUUUAUUUGGAACUGGUGGCGUCGGCCCAGGUCGGCCGGAAUCCCCUGAACCGGAGGUAUGGCAGCUGGAGAGAACUGGCCAAGGCUCUGGCUAGCAGGAACAUUCCAGCUGUGGAUCCACAUCUCCAAUUCUACCAUCCCCACAGGCUAGGCUCCCAGGACCAGGAUUUUGAGCGUGAUGGGAGCAGUAACAGCAGCUAUCUGAAGUGGAAUAAGGCUGUCCCCUGGCUCUCAGAGUUCCGGGGCCGUGCCAACCUGCAUGUGUUUGAAGACUGGUGUGGCAGUUCCAUCCAGCAGCUCAGGAGGAACCUCCAUUUCCCACUGUACCCCCAUAUCCGUACGACUCUGAGGAAGCUGGCCGUGUCCCCCAAAUGGACCAACUAUGGCCUCCGAAUCUUUGGCUACCUGCACCCCUUCACUGAUGGGACAAUCCAGUUUGCUAUUGCUGCAGACGACAAUGCGGAAUUCUGGCUGAGCGAGGAUGACCAGGUCUCAGGCCUUCAGCUGCUGGCCAGUGUGGGCAAGACUGGAAAAGAGUGGACUGCCCCAGGAGAGUUCGGGAAAUUUCAGAGUCAAAUUUCCAAGCCAUUGAGCCUGUCAGCCUCCCGCAGGUACUACUUUGAGGUGCUGCACAAGCAGAACGACGAGGGCACUGAUCACGUGGAAGUCGCGUGGCGACGGAAUGAGCCUGGAGCCAAGUUCACCAUCAUUAACUCCCCUUCGUUGUCCCUCUUCACAAAUGAGACGUUCCUAAGGAUGGACGAGGUGGGCCACAUCCCACAGACUGCAGCCAGCCACGCCAUCUCCCCAGACUCUCUUCCCACAGAGGAGCAGCCCCUUGCUGACAUGCUUCGGCCCGAUCCUCGGGACGCCCUCUAUCAAGUGCCUCUGAUCCCCAAGUCUCAUCUCCGCCACGUCCUGCCUGACUGUUCCUACAAACCCAGCUACCUUGUGGAUGGGCUCCCACUGCAGCGUUACCAGGGCCUCCGGUUUGUUCAUCUGUCCUUCGUUUACCCCAAUGACUACACCCGCCUGAGCCACAUGGAAACCCAUAACAAAUGCUUCUACCAGGAAAGCACGUUCUACCAAGACAGGUUCAGCUUUCAGGAAUACAUCAAGAUUGACCAACCUGAGGAACAGGGGCCAGAGCAGCCAGGUUUUGAGGAAGGCCUUCUAGAAGAGUCCCAGUACGGAGAGGCAGCAGAGGAGACCCCUGCCUCCAACGACCGGAAUGCCAGGAGGCCAGAGGGAAACCAAGUGCCUACCUCUACCCCAGAGCAGGAUGUCACUGACAGCCGCCUCCGAAGCCUGCGGAAACUCCUGGCGCGGCCCCAGGAGGGACUGCUGGCCCCCUUUUCCAAACAGAACUCGACAGGUCCCCUCCCAGUGAGGACCAGCAGUGUCCCAGGGCAGCGACCAGAGAAGAGGGAGAGAAAACCUAGCCCUGAGCCCAGCCAGGAUCCACCUCACUCUGCCAAGUGGCCCCCUGGAUACCUGGUGGGGAACUGGCCUCAAAUCAAAAGGCCUGGGCCCACAGGUGAUGGCCCCAGGAAGACUCUAGGGCAGUCCCAGUGGCUUAGUCAAGUCGAAUCCUACAUUGCAAAGCAGAGGACCGGCGACAGGAUGGAGCCUCUGGCCCUGAGGAGGGGCCGGCCUGGGGAGGAGGAGGUGGUAGCUGCUGCAGGCCAGGAAGGACAAGUGGAGGGAGAGGAAGAGGGUGAGGAAGAGGAAGAGGAUGUGAGUGAGGUGUUUGAAUACAUGCCCCUGUUUGACCCAGUGGUGAACUGGGACCAGACCUUCAGUGCACGGAACCUUGACUUCCAAGCCCUGCGGAGUGACUGGAUUGAUCUGAACUGCAACACAUCCGGCAACCUGCUGCUGCCGGAGCAGGAGGCUCUGGAGAUUGCACGGGUCUUCUUAAAGAAGCUCAACCAGAGGAGCUGGGGGAGAUACCAGCUACGGCGCAUUGUGAAUGUGGAGAAGCGGCAGGACCAGCUGCGUGGGGGUCGCUACCUCCUGGAGCUUGAGCUGGUGGAGCAAGGCCAGCGCCUGGUGCGGCUCUCUGAGUAUGUGUCUGCGCGAGGCUGGCAGGGCAUCGAUCCGGCUGGCAGGGAAGAGGCUGAGGCCCAGAACCUGCAGGGCCUGGUUUGGGGACCACACAAUCGUCGGAGACGUGUCUUGAGUGUCCAGGCCCCAGAGCCCAAGCUGUGUUGGCCCCAGGGCUUCUCCUGGGAUCACCGCGCUGUGGUCCACUUCAUCGUGCCUGUGAAGAACCAGGCACGUUGGGUGCAGCAGUUCAUCAGAGACAUGGAAAAGCUGUUUCAAAUCACUGGUGAUGCACACUUCAACAUCAUCAUCACUGACUACAGCAGUGAGGACAUGGAUGUCGAGAUGGCCCUGAAAAGGUCCAAGCUGCAGAGCUACCAGUACAUGAAGCUAAGUGGAAACUUCGAGCGCUCUGCCGGACUUCAGGCUGGCAUAGACCUAGUGAAGGACCCGCACAGCAUCGUCUUCCUCUGUGACCUCCACAUCCACUUCCCAGCUGGGGUCAUCGAUACCAUCCGGAAGCACUGCGUGGAGGGCAAGAUGGCCUUCGCCCCCAUGGUGAUGCGGCUGCAUUGCGGGGCCACCCCACAGUGGCCUGAGGGCUACUGGGAGGUGAAUGGAUUUGGGCUACUUGGCAUCUACAAGUCAGACCUGGCCAGGAUUGGGGGCAUGAACACCAAGGAGUUCCGAGACCGCUGGGGUGGGGAAGACUGGGAGCUGCUGGACAGGAUCCUCCAAGCAGGACUGGAAGUGGAACGUCUCUCCCUCAGGAAUUUCUUCCAUCACUUCCAUUCCAAGCGAGGCAUGUGGAACCGCCGCCAGAUGAAGAUGCUGUAAUCCUGAGCGGUGGCCCGCUGGACCAACAACUUCCUGCCCUUGACUUGCAGCUGCUCCCCCAACAGCCUGCUGACUGCUGGGGGGAGUGAGGAGGGAGCAGAAGCCGUGGCUGGGCCCAGAGAGGCCUCAGCACUAACACCCCCACUCCACAGGAGCUGCCCCCUUACAUGGAACAGCUGCUAAAGCCCCCCCCCCCCGGGCCUCCAGAGGAAAGACUUGGGGAAGGGGGUCCAGGAGGAAACUCUCUCAGUCACAGGUGGAACAGCUCCUGGGCGGGCUGUGCUCAUUGCCCGAGCAGUGACCAGGCAUGGGAAGCUCUUUAGUUGGAUAUUUUUUUAUUGAUUUUUACUUUUAAAUCAGAAAAGAAAAACUGUAACUGUCCAGGCCCAGCAUGGAUUGUGAGAGGGGGUGGAGUGGUGCCUCUCAGGAGCAUCCCCACUUGCAUACCUCAGACGCACUUGUGUGUAGAACUGUGUCCCUCAGCCCUGGACCCGGGGCUGAUUUAUAACCAAAGGAGCUGGCCCCUCUAGGAGCACUUCCUCUGCUCUACCCCAGGCUCAUGCCUUCCAGGGACAUGCACAUCUCUCCCGCCAAACAGCUGCCCACCAACCAGGGCAUUAACCUUACCCUCUGUGCAGCGCUGGCUUCAGACCCAUCAGAGGCACAGAACUGGCAUCGUCUUCCUUGUGCCACAGGGGGUUGGGAGACGAGGAAGCAGUGGGCAGUGGGCUCAUCCUCAUGUUUGGCAUAUAGGCCAAGCAGGACAGGCAAGGUGGAGGAGGCCAAGAGGAAGAGGAUGUGGGUGUAAGAAAGUAAACCAUGAUUAGACGAGAGAAGGGGCCAGGGUCCAGCAGGAAGGGAUUAAAAGGGAAGUGGAAAGCUUGAGUCCACUGAGCACAGUCCCUAGGGAUUUGCCCUCCUGCAGGGAGUGCCCCAGCUGUGGCCUUGAGUGGAAGAAGAGGAAGGGGUGGGUAAAAACAAACCAUAAAACUGGGACCAGGGUAGUAAGCGGCAGGGUGACAGGUCUGGGGAGGUGAGGACAUGGUUCUGAGAUCUCUUCCCCAAGUGGAAGACAGCGGGGGCCAGGAGGAGCUGAAAAGUGGAGCUAGUUCAGGGAAAAUAGCCCUUGGCCUUUGUAGGCCACCCUUUCUGUCACCUGAUGAUCACACACUUGUCUUGCACUAAUGAUCCCCAGGUGUCUUUGCACCUGGGCAUUUUUCUACUGCUGCUGCUGCCUCUGCCGCUGCUGCUGAAUUCACCAAUGGUGCAUUGGACACUGGAUCCUGGACUCCAGUGGCUGUUUAGGAAGGCAAACACAGGGCUCCCUGCUGUGAGGAAGGGAGGCCAGUCUCAGCGGGCCCAGCUCCACACUGAGUCUGAGGCACAGCAUUUGGAGAGCCCACCCCAUAGGCUAUGUAGUUACCCAGAGCAUGGACUUGGCAUGGAGAAGAAUGAGCCUAUUGAGAACUCUUGAGCUCGAAGAGAAUCCUUGCCUCUGUCAGAAAUCAGGAAGGACAAGGAGUUCUCAGUGACCCAGUGGCUUAUAGAUGCCUCUAUCUGCCUCUGGGGCUGUGGCUCUAUAGGGUCCCUGCUCCAGUUUACUUACUGCCUUUGGGAAAGAAAGGUCUGUGGGGAGUAGGCUAGAGCUGCAGUUGGCCAGCUGGGGUGCUAAGUUUCUUUUGGGGCCACUCUUCAUAGUUGUGUAUUCACAGGGAGGCCUGAGCCCACCCAAACAGCCCUCCUGCUUUACUUCUCCAGACAAGAGGAGCCAGCCCAGUGUCUCCGGCCCUGCCCACCACCCCCUCUGCCCUUGGCCAGUGCCUUGUGUGUGUGAUGUUUGUUACCUCCACACCAUCUGCCUUAAGAGGGAGGACCUGGCAAGGGCUCCUACCCUGUAGGGAAAUUUCUAGGGUGGGGGAGGGAUGGGGAUGCUGGGAGGGAAAGCAUUAAAUACAGCAUCUUUGUAGAAAACAGAAUGGCUCUUGUUUUCCUGUUGCCCAUCAUGGUAGUAGAGGUUUGGGCUGAGGACCCCAGCAUUCACUUUCCUGUCCUUCGGCCUUUCUGAAGGAUGUGCUGAGGACCAUUUCACAACACCCUCCACUCUUUCCCGUUAGUUGGUGCUGGCUGUGUGGCAGACAGCGCCCCCUCCCCACGCUGUUCCUGCAUGAGGAUCUCGCAGUCAGGGUUAGACCGCACAUUUUCUGUUCGGCAGAUCAGUGGAGACUGUGGUUUUAGUGGAGCAAGUGUGGUGGACACCCUGGGUGAACACAGCUGGAAAUGGGGCCAGAAAUGGUUUUGGUGAGCAGUGGAGAGGAGCUGAGGUAUGGCUUGUUCUAAAAAAGCAGAUGGCCUAAAACUCCUUUCUGCUUAAGCUGAGGACAUCCUGCUGAUGCUUUACAGGUGCAGAUUGACCUCCCUGGUUAUAUUUGGCAUGGGCAUAAAUAAAAAUUUAUUUCUAUUCCUUAAACACGUGACCCCCAGAAGGAGCUAAUAUGAAAGCUAGAGUAGGUUUAUAGUGGGUGUUGAAAAGGAGUGUGCAUAUAUGCACUGUUCUAGAAUUGACUAGUAAUUAGCUCAAGGUGCAUGGCACAUGGAAAGUUGACUUGAAGUACAACUCAGAGGAGAGCGGGUGAUUAAAAACUUUCUCUCCAUCCAGGCUUAGAGUUUCCUCCUUCAAACCCUUUCAAGGACACAUAUGGAGAUGGCAGCUCAGACUCAACUAAAGACAUAAAAAUUGACUUCAGUGGAUUUGCAGAAACUUUUAUAGAUAGAAAUCAUCCCAUCUUACCUGGGAAUGGAUGGGGCAAAGGGAAAGAAUGGAGUAGUCAGAACAGGAGUCCUGAAGCUGGUGGGACUGGCCUUAGGCAGACUGCCUCAGAGGCAGGUGCCACGGGAGGCAGGGUUGGCACUGCCCCUGUCUGAGCUCAAGGCUCUAGACCAAGAUGCAAUUCACUUAGACCAGUGUAAUGGCCCCUCUUCAUUGAGGUGCUGUGUGGGUAGCAAGCAAGCAUCUACACUGCCUUUUCAGGCGCUACUGGGAGCUGUGGAAAGUGCUUGUUAGCCUGGUGGAUCAGGGAGGAAGCAGCAGAAGCAACUCCAGGCCCAGUACCUGUGGGGGACACAGAGAAGAGGUGGUGAGGAUGGUGUUCUCAGACUCCAUCGAGCCCUUGAUUAUUCCCCUGGCAGCCUUCAAGAUGCACAUGCUGACUCAGUAGAUCUGGAGUGGGCCUGUGAGUCUGCAUAUCCAGCAAGCUCCCAGAUGCUUUUGCUGCUGUUGGUUCAUGGGCCACAAGAAGAAAUCUCAACUCUCCAUUUUGCCUCUUACUGGAGUGGCAGAGCCAACCACUAAACCACACUGCCUCCCGCCCCUCUCGGGCUAUGGAAACACCUGAGCCUAUAACCUGAAGGAGAAGCACCAUUAACAGCGAGGAGGGCCUUUCCAAGUCCCCAUCCAGCUCUUCUCCAAGACUCCCUUUUUGCCCCAGAUCUGCCUUACCUUUUGCUUGGCAAGUAUUUCUUACCCCAAAUCC